UUUAGAACUCCGGCUUCCGGUUUAACCACGUGAAAAAAAACACAGUUCUGUAGUCUGGAAGGAGUAUAACGCCAUUUAAUAUUAGCCUACAGAAGUAAUUUUAACAUGAAUGGAAACACACAUCGCCGCGACACAGAAACGGAGGAGUGUUUUCUCGACACUGUGUUAAACAAUCUGUAUGAUUUUGGUGAGGAUACAAGAAAGAAAAGAAAAAAGAAUUCCAAAAAGAAAAAAGGAACAAAGUGCAAUGAAGAGAAACUGUCAGAUUCUGAACCUGUGGAUUUUGAGACUGACUGUGCUGAUAUUGACAGAGCCUUCAAAAGCAUUGGUGUACCAGAACUGAAGGGCAAAAAGGCUGUCAUUUCAAACUCUUCUUGUAGUAAAAACAGCCAUACAGGAAUGGCCAGCCCAGAAACAGUAUCAGCAAAAAAACAAGCUCAGGUUGAAGUUGUGACGUUUCACAAUCCUUCAAAAAAGAAGAUGAACAUUGCAAGUUCACAGGCACCUGUCUCUAACUCGAAGGUUGCUGAAAAAAAUGAGGAAAAGAAAAUGGACACAGAAGUUUUUAACCUCGAAAAGGCUCGACUGGAAGUUCACAGAUUUGGCAUCACAGGAUACAAGAAGGAACAGCAAAGAGUUUUUGAACAAGAACGAGCAGUAAUGCUUGGAGCAAAGGCCCCAAAACGGGAAUAUGUCAACUACAAAGUUUACCAGGAAACGAUCAAAGAGAAGCGAGUAAAGGAACAGGAAGUCACAAAAACGGAAUCCAAGUCUGAGUUGAUGAAGAAAAAGAAAAAGCGAGAGCAGGACGAAAGAACUAAAAAGAAGAAGUCGGGAUCAAGCAUACUACCUAAUGGACAAGUUGGGCGGUUUAAAAACGGAACACUGAUUCUCAGCCCUGUUGAAAUAAAGAAAAUCAAAUCAUCAAAGGUGAUUAAAUGACACAAAAUCAAUACAGUUAAGCUAUACUGGCUACUAAUUAAAACAAGUGUAAUGUUUA